AUGGCUCUCAGCGAAUUCUUGGCCAAGUUAGGGGACGAGGUCGUACAUGUCGAUGAAGAAACAUUCGAUCUGUUCUCACAGACAGCCGCCUUACCAAAUCUUGGCAUGAUUGAUGCUAAGGCAGAGACCCUCGAGAUCACCAUUGGGGCCAAAGACUACACCAUCACCCAGUCCCCCGGACUACUGCAAUCGAGCCACGAGCAAGGCACUACUGGUGCUGUGGUCUGGCAAUCUUCCGUCCGGGUGGCAGAGUGGCUUGCAGAUCCUCGCAGCUCGCUGUUCAACGCUGGACUUUUUGACCAUGACAGCACGGUACUUGAGCUGGGAUCUGGCAUCUCUGGGAUCGUGGCAACUGUGCUAGCUGCGCAAGUCAAGGCUGUUGUGGCUACGGAUCAACAACAUGUGCUCAGGUUGCUGCGGAGUAACAUCGAUGCGAAUGCUGGCCAUCGGUCCGACCGAAAAAGCCACGGUGGCAGGAAGGCAAGCAAAGUGCGGCAGCCCUCGUCAAGCAUUCAGGUCAUUGCUCUUGACUGGGAGGAGGACGACGUUCAAAGGCAUCUAGCCAGCAACGACCUGCGCCAAGGCGUCGAUGUUGUCAUCGCAUGUGAUUGUAUCUUCAACUACGCGUUGAUCAAUCCGCUGGUCCAGACAUGCGAGGAUAUCUGCAAGCUACGGAGUGAAGCAGUCACGGAGUCAAAUCUUUCAGCAGGUAGUACAGUCUGCUUGGUAGCACAACAGCUGCGUCAAUCGGAAGUGUUUGAGCAGUGGCUCAAGACAUUCAUGCGAUCGUUCCGGGUCUGGAGGUUGCCUGACAACAUGCUGAGCGGUGGGCUUCAGGAAGGUAGUGGGUUCGUGGUGCACGUUGGUGUCCUACGGGAGAAAAGGUAG